UAGACGAGGACGGCUGGGAAUCCAACACAAUAAUGAUGGAGGAAUGUCCUCGAUGUCAUAUGAAUUUGAGGAAUAUUGCACAGCUGGCACAUCGUGCCUACUCUUGCUUACAGUGAUCAACCGACUUCUAGCAUGCAUUGAUCUGGAUCAUCUUGUGGCAUCUUUUUGGGUUGUGGCCGACAAACUAAUCCGGAUUAGAGAUAAAAGCACUUUAAAUGGCGUCUCAGUGCUCAUUAAUAUUCUCGGUGAAUUACUCAAAGUGAAUAGAGUGAAUGAGUGCAUCGAAGACAGAGUGAGUCUAAAUUUUGAAGGAACUAAGGCAAGCAAGCGGCAUCAUUUGAAAUUUACUCCAAAAAAGGGGAUCGCAAAAUAAAAUGGACCAACACUGUAAUAACAACCAAAACACCUGUUUCGGUGAUUAUCAUAAAAGUGGUUUUCAACGCACUUUAACGCUUACACAUAUCUGCCAACUGGAUCAGUAUAGAAAAUCUACACCGAAACAUCAUCCCUAAUAAAUUAACAUAUCGUGUAAGAAAAUUCACUUACCCCAGUUACAUGACCUAUUACAAAUGUAAAAUUUGUUAGAUAACUUCCAAAGAAAUAAGCAGAAAUGAUCUUAGAUGACCCGAAUGAUGACUUCAAAUUAAUAGCAAGACAAAUCCAAUAGUGAAUCAAUCAAAAAGAAAUACUUAUACAUUCUAACUUAGUGUAUAAACGAAAUUAGACAUAGUAAAAUCAAUAUUCUGUUAUCGUUCUGAAACCGAAAAGAAAUAACUCUCAGUAAUAUCGUAAUCAACGCCAUGGAAAUAAUAAUUAUUGCAAAAGUAUAGCUUUGACCAAGCUUACGCUUACGAACAAAUAGUGAAUUUGUUCUGGGGCUCACGAUGAAAGUUGAAUCCAAGAAGGGGAGAAGAGCCUGUGCUUCUAGUAAAUUUUUAAAAUGUAGUGAUCUGAUCUCGAUUUUUUCAGAUAUUUUCGGCCCAAAUUUUCAGAAUGAAGAGCUUCAUAGGGUUGCGUAUAUGUAGUAAUAGUCGAGACGAUUCACUUGAUGCUCCCCACGACUAUAUUCGGCGAUAGAAAUUUCCA